UUUAACGUCAAAAUUUUGAUUUUAGUCUACAAACUGUCUGAAACUAAAACUUUUACGGACAGAAAUCUAGUAAACUUUUUACCCGUAAUUGACUUUGAAUUUUGAUCAUCCGUAAACGUCAAAACAAAAAAAAUUUUUUUUUAGAUUUAAAAUAAAUUUAUACUUACACAUUAAAAAUUAACAAUAAAAAUAUUUUUUAUAUUAUUUUUAACGUAAUGAUAGUCACUCAACACAUCAAAUUUAUUUACUGAAUUACUACGUCAGACUGUCUGCAUGUAAAAAAAAAAAUCUACAAUUUUGACGAUUAAUUGACUUUUUUUAAACGUUUAAGAAUUUAAACUUUGACUGAGAGUAAAAACGUAGUAGAGUAUCCGUUAACUCAGACAACUCAGAUUUUGUAAAAUUUGACGUUUAAGAAUUUACCAUACUAUUGGUUUAAAAGUUACUUGGAAUAUAGAAAACAAUAUGCUGAGUGUGAUACUGUAAAAAGUAAUAUCAAUUUUAUUGAUUAUGGUGUCAUUCAAGGUAGUUCCUUGGGACCUGUUUUAUUUGCUUAUUACAUUAACGACUUUUCUAAAAUUAAACUACUCGGUAAACCGAUAAUAUAUGCAGAUGAUAUCGUUGUAAUUUAUAAAGAAAGAACUUUCGAUAAUAUGCAAAAAAAUAUUAAUCAAGAUAUGGAAGCUAUUUAUAAUUGGAUGUGUGUGCAUAAAUUAUCGGUAAAUGUGAGCAAAACUAAAUACAUGCUAAUUAACUCUAAAAGCUCCGAAAUUUACAUCAAGUUCAACGGAAAUAAAAUAAAUAAAGUCAAAGAGUACAGGUAUCUGGGUGUUACUGUCGAUGAAGAUUUAAAUUGGAAUCAACAUGUUAAUGAAACAAUUAGUAAAACGAGAAAAAUUGCCGGCUUGUUUAAAAAAUUAGAACAUCAACUAAUGAAAUACACAAGAAAUACAACAUCCUAAAAUUGCAGGAUUAUAAAGAAAUGAACCAGCUAUGUCAUAUUCAUAAUAUUAAAAAUAGCCAGAUUAAAUCAAACUCCACACUUAUAGCUAACAGUGAUAUACAUAAUUACGGCACUAGAGCAGCAAAUGAACUGAGAUGUAUAACUAGUCGUGGCUUGAAUGGCCUCACACCAAUUGCGGUAUCAGGUAUAAUGCUGUAUAACAAGUUAUCUAUGCACUUGUAAGAUAUGCCAAAAGACAGAUUUAGAA